AUAAACGAAGCGGCUUUCUCUCGAGCGGCAGCUAGUGCUCUGUGGAAGUCGGGCGGGGCUGGGAAGCGGGUGAAAUUAGCGGAUUUAUUAUUAUUUUUUUUUUAAAAAGACAGUAAGAAGCUCGUUUUAAUUAUCUGUUAUUAAGAAAGUUGGUUUAUAGAAAGAAAACAGAUUUAAAAUGACGACAACGACAAACUACCAAGGAAUGGACCCCGGCUCAAAAAACAGCUCUCGAGUGCUGAGGCCGCCAGGUGGAGACUCCAACAUCUGUUUUGGCAAUGGAAAAGAGGAACCAAACCCUCAGCCCACCCGAAAAAACAGAACUGCCUCAAACAUUUUCGGGGUUCCUGAGGACCCGUAUGCCAGCAGGAGGAACAAUCCACCAGGAGGAAAGCCCAUGGGUAUUUUUGGGGAUGGUCAGUCUGUGUCACAGAAGAGAAACUCUCCUGGUGGACAGGCCAUUGGCGACAGUUCUGGAGACCGUUCACCUGGGGAUGGUGAAAAUGAAAGUGCAAGCACUGAAAAUAAUUCGGAGGACGUUGAAGCUAUGCCGGAACUGAAGGAAGAGGCACCACAGCCUGCAGCAGCAGCAGCACCCACUGUAGCAGCAGCAGCAGCAGCAGGAACUGCCGGUCCCCCCAGCCGAAGAAACCCUCCUGGAGGCAAAUCCAGUCUUAUCCUGGGUUAAACUUGCCUCUGCAAACCGUGUCGCUGUCUGUUCUCCCCACCCCUUUUUCUUUCGCACAUGCUGUCACGCCCUCUCUGUCUGUAGAUCUACUCUUAUCUGUGUGAGCCACAGGAAUUGAAUCCUUUCCAUUGUUUUGUUUUUGAGUAUUUUCUAAACAUCAGAAGCACUUUAUGUUCGACCGCCUUUCAUUUCAGCCCCCAUCUCCUGUUAAGGAUUUGAUGCGUUACUUUGUAAAAGACAAUAAACAUUGAUAUGAAAAA